UCCUGAGCGCGGAGAGGGCGAGCUCGGGCCGCGGGCAGGGCGGGAGCCGGCAGCCGGCAACCAAGGGAGGCAGAAAGGCACAAAGAUCGCAAUAAUAUCCGUUAUAACCCGCUAUCUAACCCCACCCCCAACACACACCCAUCCAUCCCACCCUCCGGGAGAGGCAGCCGGCGAUCCGCUCUCUGCGCCCUGGGAAAAAGCCCCAGCCAUGAGCAAUCAGUACCAGGAGGAGGGCUGCUCCGAGAGGCCCGAGUGCAAAAGUAAAUCUCCAACUUUGCUCUCCUCCUACUGCAUCGACAGCAUCCUGGGCCGGAGGAGCCCGUGCAAAAUGCGGUUGCUGGGAGCCGCGCAGAGCUUGCCUGCUCCGCUGACCAGCCGCGCCGACCCGGAAAAGGCCGUGCAAGGCUCCCCCAAGAGCAGCAGCGCCCCGUUCGAGGCCGAGCUGCACCUGCCGCCCAAGCUGCGGCGCCUGUACGGCCCGGGCGGGGGCCGCCUCCUUCAGGGUGCGGCAGCGGCGGCGGCGGCGGCGGCGGCGGCGGCGGCAGCGGCCGCCACGGCCACGGCGGGUCCACGCGGGGAGGCCCCUCCGCCGCCACCGCCAACCGCGCGGCCCGGGGAACGGCCGGACGGCGCAGGGGCCGCUGCGGCCGCCGCGGCCGCGGCCGCCGCGGCCUGGGACACGCUCAAGAUCAGCCAGGCGCCGCAGGUGAGCAUCAGCCGCAGCAAAUCGUACCGCGAGAACGGGGCGCCCUUCGUGCCGCCGCCGCCCGCGCUGGACGAGCUGGGCGGCCCGGGGGGCGUCACGCACCCAGAGGAGCGCCUCGGCGUGGCCGGCGGCCCGGGCAGCGCCCCGGCUGCGGGUGGUGGCACCGGCACCGAGGACGACGAGGAGGAGCUGCUGGAGGACGAAGAAGAUGAGGACGAGGAAGAGGAACUGCUGGAGGACGACGAGGAGGAGCUGCUGGAGGACGACGCCCGCGCGCUGCUCAAGGAGCCCCGGCGCUGUCCUGUGGCCGCCACUGGCGCCGUGGCCGCAGCAGCUGCCGCUGCAGUGGCCACAGAGGGCGGGGAGCUGUCACCCAAGGAGGAGCUGCUGCUGCACCCGGAAGACGCUGAGGGCAAGGACGGCGAGGACAGCGUGUGCCUCUCUGCGGGCAGCGACUCGGAGGAGGGGCUGCUGAAACGCAAACAGAGGCGCUACCGCACCACGUUCACCAGCUACCAGCUGGAGGAACUGGAGCGGGCCUUCCAGAAGACGCACUACCCGGACGUCUUCACCAGGGAGGAACUGGCCAUGAGGCUGGACUUGACCGAGGCCCGAGUCCAGGUCUGGUUCCAGAACCGUCGGGCCAAGUGGCGCAAGCGGGAGAAGGCAGGCGCGCAGACCCACCCCCCGGGGCUGCCCUUCCCGGGGCCGCUCUCUGCCACCCACCCGCUCAGCCCCUACCUGGACGCCAGCCCCUUCCCUCCGCACCACCCGGCGCUCGACUCCGCUUGGACUGCCGCUGCCGCCGCCGCCGCCGCCGCCUUCCCGAGCCUACCUCCGCCUCCGGGCUCGGCCAGCCUGCCGCCCAGCGGGGCGCCGCUGGGCCUGAGCACUUUCCUCGGAGCGGCAGUGUUCCGACACCCGGCUUUCAUCAGCCCGGCAUUCGGCAGAUUCCAUCUUCCUUGUCACUCAAGUGACCCGCUGCCAACGACACCCCCAUAUGUGCAAGCCCCGAUCUACACAGCAGUACAAGACAACGAAAUAAAAGAAACAGUUCAUCUUAUAACUCCCUUUCUUUAAUGAACAUCGAAUGAGGAAAUAAAAAGUCUGUAUAAUCACACAGACAAGGAAACAAAGGAGGGAUGUAUUGUGUUAGCGCAGUGAAAAUAAAACUGGAUGCAGCUUCAAUGAUCACUCUUUGGGAGAACAAAGAAAUAAUAGAUUCAUCCAACUGCGCAGCUGCUUAACAAAAAAUCAUCUUACAGAAAAUUAAGACUCGGAGUAAAUUUAGUUUCUUAUAACAAACCAAUAAAAUAAACAGCGAGCACACUGAAGCAGAGUUAGUGACUCAGUUUACCUAAUGGAACCAGGGCAUGUUACGCCACCUCCGGGUCACACUUUAUCAUUUCUUUCUGAGAAAAAUUUUAAAGUUCUGUCUCUCCCCUCCCUCCACUUUUUCCCUCUGACAAGUGACUUGUAAACCCAGGCGAACCGUGGCUGGAGGACCGAGUUGCGAGAUUCGGAGAGGCUGGAAGAGGGUCUGGGCUGGGGUGGUGCGAGGAGUGAGCAGUGGGCUUGGGAGAAGGAGGCGGCGCUCGGUGAGCCCAGGUGGGCUCAUUUCUAACCCUGGAAAUCCGGAAUUGGCCCCGCGGGCCUGGAGCCAGACCCCUCAGGGAGGCGGUCGGGAAAGCUCGCGGGCGCUCCAAGGCGGUGGGCGUGGGGGUGGUGUCCGGUGGCCCCGGGCCGCUCCGGCCACAGCUAAUGUCCCGGUGCUGUGUGCAUGGGGUGGAAGCGUCACGUGGAGUAAUUCGGUCGCCGCUUGGAGGCGGUGGCGCUGGCGUGGGUCCCAGGCUUGGGCAUCGCCUUGCGCCGCGCGCCAGGGUCGUGGGUCGGGGGCUCCCUGAGGCCAGAGGCUACAGGGGCGCGGGGAAGACAGCUGGGGUCGCCGCGCCAGGAUGUGGGGCUGCUGGCAGGUGACAACCGCCCGUGGAGCGGAAAUCAACAGGCGGUCGCCCUUCACUCUCACCCGCAGGCGCUGGCCAGACGCGGGUAGCUGAGUCCCGCGCGGAAGGGCGGCCGCGGCGGCGCGGGUGGCCCGGGAGGCCGGCGAGCUAGGCCUGUUUCUUCAGGGCGCAGAAAGUCCCGGGCCAAGGAGCCGGAGGGAGAUCUCAGAGCCUGCGGCGUGCGUCCGGGCAGCUGGAAUCCCACCUUCUCCGUCUUUUUUUCCUCCCCCCUCCCACCCUCCACCUUCCCUUCUUUUGCUGUCCUCUCCUUUUCUCCUUCCGCAUUCCCUCCUGGGAGAUAGUGUCAUUGCAGCCCCUGGCCUUGGAAUAAACCGUCCGUUUAAGCGAAACCACCGAAUCCACGCCACUGGGCCGUGGGGCUUGGGGUCUCCACGCCGGCCUGUGGACCCCGGCCCGGCCCCUCGGGGAAUAUCUGGACUCGGUCUUUUCCCCCCAGUCGGUUCCCUGCCCCGGGAAAGCCCUCUCUGCGGGGUCCAGCUUCCGCCCGCGCCCUCUGCCCACUUCCCCGCCGCGACCCAUCCGGGUCCCGUGGGUACCGCGCCCCUCAGCUGCCCCGGCGACAAGCGGCGGGAGACGCUGCCCGAGGCGCCGCGCACAGCUCCCGAGGCCAUGACCGCGCUGUUUGCUCU